GAAACUAUUAGCAUAGAUAUACCUGCAAAGCAAACAGCACAGUUUGUUUAAGCCUGAUACCAUUAUUUGUUCAAAUUUGUGCUAAUUAUCAAUUCGCUUGGUCAUAUCUUCGUAAAUGGAAUCACAAAUAAUUUUAUGCGCAGUAUAGAUUUUUUUCAAAAUUUUAAAAAUCUGGCAGUUAGCACACUAUAUUAAUUUAAAAUAUAAUAUUGCCGAUAUAAAACGACUAUGAUUUUUACCUCAAUCGUAGCUCUCUUUAACAAAGCAGUAACAGUCGUUCUAUUUUAUAAAAUAUUGUUACAAUUAUAAACAUUCCACAUCACUGGUUAUGACAAAACGCUGGAUGAACAUCGCUGGCUCGGAUUUGACAUGCGCAGAAUACAAAAGAUUCCGUUCACAUUUUGCAAUGAUUAGAGAUUUCAUGGUGUGUAUACGCCGACGCAUGAUUCUCAAUCGGUCGGGAAUUAUGGUAGAACAAUGAAAGGCCGAAAUUCCGAAUUGUCUUCCAGUUUGAAUCCAAUCGAUUGUACGGAGUGUUACACGUGCACGGGAUGUAACCUAUAAACGUCGUGGAAUUUGUAAACACCAAAAAUACACACGGACAGCAGGUGGCUUCAGUAUUCGGUCGAAUGUUUAAUAAAAAACUUUAUGAUUCCUCGAUAGUGUUAAGGGAACCGCUGUGCGAAGCAUUCACGAAGCUCGUUUGGAAAUGAAAAUAACAAAAUCCACUGUUGUCCUUCUGGUCUUUGUAUUAAUGUUGUCGAUACUUGUAGCGAAUGUUGCCGACUUGAUCAAUAUCGACACGCACGUCUUGGACGACACGCUUUCCAAUAAACACACGAGAGAAGAAUGGUCGCGUUCGAAGUUUUACGAUAUUGGAACAUCGUUCGAUCACCUGAUUUGGUUUCUACAGAUAUCAGACAUACACAUCAGCAUAUUUCGAGAUCCAUUUAGGAUAACUGAAUUAAAGGAAUUUUGUAAUGUCACUGUGGAUGUUAUUAAACCUGCAGUCGUGCUUGCUUCAGGUGAUCUCACGGAUGCAAAAGCCAAAGAUAAGAUGGGAUCAGGACAAAUAUUGGAGGAGUGGCAAUAUUAUAAGCAAGUAUUAGAUGAUACAGAAGUUAGCAAAAGAACAUUGUGGCUAGAUGUGAGAGGCAAUCAUGAUAAUUUCAAUGUAGUGAGCUUAGAGGCAAAAAACAAUUAUUAUUCCAAUUAUUCCAUUCAAGGAAGAAAGCAUCCAAGAUCUUAUAUGUAUACAAUAAAUAUUGGUUCCGAAUUAUAUUCUUUUAUUGCAGUAGAUGCUUGUCUAAAACCUGGUCCAAGAAGACCAUUUAAUUUUGUUGGAGUGUUAGAUGAUCAAGAAAUGAAAACUAUACAUGGAUUAGUGAACAGAUCUCAAGAAAAUAAUGCAGACUUUAUAGUAUGGUUUGGUCACUAUCCUACUUCGUGUAUACUUUCACAGACCAGUACAGGUGUUAGAAACAUCAUAGGCAGAGAUAAGGAAAGUAUCGUAUACCUUUGCGGGCAUUAUCAUACGCUUGGUGGAACAGUACCCAAUAUGUAUACUCUACAACAAGCAGGAUUUCUUGAAUUAGAGUUAGCGGAUUGGAAAGAUAAUAGAAUGUAUCGUGUGGCAGCAAUAGAUCAUGGCCAGUUCUCUUUUAUUGAUGUCAAAUAUAGAGAGUGGCCAGUAAUAUUGAUUACCAAUCCUAAACAUGCUUUAUAUAUGAUGCCUAGGAAAGAAAAUUUACUGUCUAUUGUUAAGUCUACACAUGUUAGAGUGCUGGUUUUCUCAAUAGCAUCAUUAAAGGAUGUUGAAGUUCAACUGGACGACGGUACUUGGUCUAAAUGUGAACACGUUAAAGGACCUCUUUAUACUUCUAAGUGGAAUGCAACAGAAUUCAUGCAUGGAAUACACACUAUUCGAGUAAGAGUUGUGGAUUCGGAUGGUAGAGAGACAAUAGUGUUCCAGCCUUUUUCUCUCGAUGGAUCUCGUUUAUCAUUCCGCAUUCUACCUAGACUAAUUCUUAUGUCAAACGUCAGCAGUAUAUUUAAAUCCUUAUUUGGGACAGUGUUGAUUCUGUUAGUAGUCCCCUUAUGUUUGCUACGGUGUCUUCACAUAUUGUGUGAAAAAAAGCAGAUGCAUCGACCAAGAUUCAGAAUAAAAUUUUUUCACUCAUGGCUUAGGAAAUUAUGGAUAUUAUCCACUGUCGAUCGCUUGUGUUUUCCAUUAGUUCUGUAUGCAUUAUACUUAAUAGUCGGUCCAUGGGCCAUUGGUGAAAUAAUAGAUAAUCAUACAGGUGUAAUUUUUGCCUGGGGAACAUUUGUUGGAAAUUCUUACCUUCCCGGUGCCUUUACCUAUGCUUAUGGGUUUUUUCAAUUAUUUUCUUUCCAUCUACCACUUACAUUAAUCUUAGCUCACAGAGUGGAUAAACGAUUAGAAAAUCUUAACAAACCUGAUUAUAAAUCAGCGUUCAAGAUUUGUUUUCUAUGGCAACAUUUGCCAAUAACAUUAUUAAUUCUGAUGCAAGCAAGUAUGGCUUACUUUUUCUGGCUGGCAUAUGGAACACUGGCUACCAUGUUGUGCCCUUUACGCACUUGGAGCAUUUUUUUAGCAAUAAUGUUAUGGCAUCAAGUGAAUACAAUGCCUCAAUCGUGUUUAAGGUCUGCAACAGCGAUAUGGUCCUCCCAUGGUUAAUUUGUGUAUAGUACAACAAUUCUAUACCAGAACGUAGCGAAAUUAUUAAAAUUCAUUUAAUAGAGUUAGAUGAUUUCAUGUUUUGCAUAAACACUGGUGAGUUAAAGAUAAGUAUAUACACUUUAAGUGGACAUGUAGAUGAAUUUUCAUGGUUUGUAUCGACCAAAAAUAUGAGGCAUUUAAUUUAUUAUAUGUCAGCAUUGAUACUAGUGUAUACAACUAUGUUCAAAUCGUUAUUCUCUUUUUACUUGUUAUUUCAAAAAUAUAAAUUUUAAUAGCAUUAGAAGUUACUUAUUCAAUCAGUUCCUUUAGAGAGUACCACAGACUUUGUUCAUUAGAAAAAUUAUGAUGAAAAUAGUUUAUAUUUAAUGUAUAAUUGUAAUAACCGUAUAGCCGAUUUUUCAAAAUUAUGUAUGAUUUAAUGCGUUAUUUUCAAAUUUCAAAAAAUGAAAAUACGUAUCUCAAUUACUUAUUAUGAACGUGUUCGCGAUGGAAACUAUGCCUUUUAAAUAUUUUUUAUUAUUCCUAAAAUUAUUAUUUAUAGCAAUUAUUGCAAUGCUUCCACAUCAUAUGUAUAUUUUACAUAAAUAUUGUAACAUAUACCAAGCAUUAAAGGGUCAUAGUGAAUUUUCGAAAGGAGAAAGAAGAGAAUGCUGUCAUGCAUUUUUCUUAUCGCAUUUUGGUUGAGAAUUAAGUUAUUAACCAAUCUAUAUGAUAUAAAUAAAUAAAUAAAAAAUGCAACGUAAAUUGAUAUUUUAAUAUGUAAACUAUAAAUUUAUAUCUCAUGUGAAAUACAAGUUAGAGAAGUAUCUUCUUUUAACUUUUGGAUAUAUAUAGUGAAAAUUAUAUAAUAUAAAUACAGUUUUAUAAGAUAAAUAUUCUUUUACAACUGUGUUUUUGAGAAGGUGUUCUUGUUUGAAAAUAUCGGCUCUUGACGACUUUGAAAUCACGGUUAGAUUGAAAAGUGAUAAAGUUAGGAAUUCAAAAUUUUGCUUGCAUGUUUAUUUAUAGUUCAAAAGUAUUCAGUAAAAUUUGUAUGGAGUAUUAGUGGUUUUAAGGUAUUGUUUUUAUUGUAAUGAAACAUUAUAUUUAAUACUUAGUAACUUUAUUAAUAUGCGUAUAAAUUUUAAUGUACGAUUUUGAAAUAUAAAUAUACAUGCAUACGGAAUUCUGAGUUUUCAAUUUUAAUAUUUUUUAAUCUAAUCAUCAUUUCAAAAUCGUUGUGAAGCGACCUCUUGAAACGCGAAUACCCCCUUAAGAUCCAUAUUUAAUUUGAAUUCGACUUAAAUAUACUGGAAUUCUGUUUGAUCAAGUGUCAAUUCUGUGAUAAUUAGUAAAUAUAACAUUAUGUAUAUGAAAGUGGCAUUUUAAAUGAAGAAUUGUAACAUUGUUUUUAAAAGUGUAAACUUAAUUUUGAAUCAAAUAUAUUUUAUGACCAAGAUUAGUAUUUCAAACAGACGUGUGAAGUUGUAAAAUUAAGUGAACAUCUUUUUCAAGGUGUAAAUCAGUAUUUUGUUAGAAAAAUAGGUUAUAGUUUAUUGUUAUCCUAUAUUUUUCUACAGACAAUUCAAUUGUCACUAUUGUUAGAAACGAUCUCAAAACUUCAAAAUGUGAUCUCAAUGAAACAAUGAUUCCCAGUUAAUGUUUCUCCUGUAAAUAUGCUAAAACUAACAAAUUUAUUUAAUAAUCGCAUCACUGAGUUUAUUAUUGAUUUAACAAUGUAUUACUAAAUAUUUUUGUUAUUUCAAACACGAUGUUCCAUGUUUAAUAUACCGUUUCAUAUGUAUUGGGAAUCAUUGUGAGGAAUUUCCUGAUGUCACCAAGUGUGUAUUUACAUGUAAUGUAUUUUACAAAGCACUAGAAAAAAGAUGCAAGAUAAUGUUAUUUUCAGAUAUUUCAUACAUAGCGUAAAGUAUAUAUUACAUCAAUAGCUUAUAUGAUAAAAAUAUACUGUACAUGUGUAAUAUAUCCAUAGGAAGCAGAAGCAUAAUGCAUGUGGAUGUUAAUAAAUAUUAUAUGAUUUAAAUAAUUUAGAAUAUAUACAUAUAUAUAUAUAUGCAUGUAUGCUUAAAAAAAAAUUUCCUUCUAACUAUUAUUCCUUAUUGUGUGUAUCUAUCUUGAAAUAUAGACGUGUACAAUGUAAGUUUGAAAAUAAUAAUAUAUCUAACUGUUUCCGUUAUAUAUUUUUUAUAAAUUGCUAUGAUUAUUUUCUUAAGUUAUUGAGUUUAAAUUUUCACGUCCGACGCGGCUAGUAGCAGUAGCAGCACAAAGUACUAGUUGUUCAGUACCUCGAUUUCUCUUAUCGUGGCUUUUUCCCCUCUAAUAAAGACACAGUAAAUUAGGAUCAUUUUCAUUGGUUUUGAUCUAUCUAUAUAUAUUCAAUAUCUAUUAUACAUGUAUCGUGAACUUACCUAUUUUGUAAUUACGUAAAAUCGGUCUAGGGAAAAUUCAAUUCAUUCACGAAUAAGGCGCACGUUGUUAUGUGACUACUGGUGGAUGUGUUAACGAGAAUUGAUUUUGUCAUAUUACCGAAGAAUUUCCUGACAGUUCAGUCUUCGAACUUUUAUCACCUCUAAAGUGUUCAUUAAUAAAUAAUAUGGGUGAUGUCGACGGAGAAAACUCAGCACAGUGGGCGAUUGAUCUUCUAACCCCUUACAAGUAUAAGCAACCUUUUUACCAAGCUUACGGUCCUGAAAUAGGAGGUGGUGUUUGCGGUUUUAUAAUCCAGUGUUUGGAGAAUAAAGGGUAUCAACCAAGUUUUCUCAAUAUUCGUAAGCAUAUUAAGUACUGCUUAUUUGGCAUCGUAGCAGGGCACAUUUUGAAGAAAGUUAUGUACUACAGGGCUGAACUCCGUGAUGCGUCAAUGAUAGAUUAUAUUAAACGUCAUCCAGAACGUUUUCCUCCUCCACCAG